UAGCAGUGACGAUCUGAUUCGUAUAUUUUGCGAGUCAUCAUCAACAAAGCACAUACAUUUUGUAAAUCCCAAUUAUUUGCUCGAAAAUCUGUGGAAAAUAUAAUUAAAAUGACCGCUGUAGAACCAACACGAGAAAAGGCACUCCAGGACUAUCGAAAGAAGUUGCUGGAACACAAGGAAGUGGAGUCGCGAUUGAAAGAAAUGAGAGAACAAUUGAAGGAACUAACAAAACAAUUCGAUAAAUCCGAGAACGAUUUAAAAGCCUUACAAAGUGUUGGUCAAAUUGUAGGCGAAGUAUUAAAGCAGUUGACUGAGGACAAAUUUAUUGUGAAAGCCACCAAUGGCCCUCGUUACGUAGUAGGAUGUCGUCGCCAAUUGGAUAAAACAAAGUUAAAGUCGGGCACCCGCGUUGCUCUAGAUAUGACUACUCUUACAAUUAUGAGAUAUCUUCCACGUGAAGUUGAUCCCUUGGUUUAUAAUAUGUCGCACGAAGACCCUGGAGAGGUCACUUACAACGCUAUUGGUGGUUUGUCGGAGCAAAUUCGCGAGUUACGGGAAGUCAUCGAGUUGCCAUUGUUGAAUCCGGAAUUAUUUUUGCGUGUCGGCAUUACACCGCCCAAGGGUUGCUUACUUUAUGGCCCUCCCGGCACAGGAAAGACACUUCUCGCUCGUGCUGUUGCCUCACAACUUGAUGCUAAUUUCCUCAAAGUCGUCUCGAGUGCUAUCGUCGACAAGUAUAUCGGCGAGAGUGCUCGUUUGAUUCGUGAGAUGUUUAACUAUGCGCGCGACCAUCAACCCUGCAUCAUUUUCAUGGAUGAAAUUGAUGCAAUUGGUGGACGCCGUUUCUCCGAAGGCACGUCGGCAGAUCGAGAAAUUCAACGUACAUUGAUGGAAUUGUUGAAUCAAAUGGAUGGAUUUGAUUCGCUCGGACAAGUAAAGAUGAUAAUGGCAACAAAUCGUCCAGAUACGCUGGAUCCUGCAUUGUUGCGUCCCGGUAGAUUAGAUCGGAAAAUUGAGAUUCCACUGCCCAAUGAGCAAGCUCGUCUGGAAAUUUUGAAAAUUCAUGCAGCACCGAUAGCCAAACACGGCGAAAUAGACUACGAGGCUGUCGUCAAACUCUCGGACAACUUUAAUGGAGCUGAUUUGCGGAACGUUUGCACUGAAGCCGGUUUGUUUGCGAUUCGAGCUGAACGUGAUUUCGUCAUUCAUGAGGACUUUAUGAAGGCCGUACGAAAAGUAGCAGACAACAAACGGUUGGAGAGCAAGUUAGAUUACAAACCAGUUUAAUUUUGUUUGAUCUAUAUCGAGUGUUUAAGAAGGGAAUUUUCAAGUAAAUUCAAUAAAAAAAUUCAAUCGAAAGCACUUUAUUUUUA